CGGAUUGUUACACGAAUGUUGAAGACCAGCAGGAUAUAUCGGACUUUGCUUCUUUCAGAAUAGUCGCAAGUGAAUGGUCAAUUUCUUACACAAACAUGAAGAAUCAGACUGACUUCAAUCACUCAUUCUGGGGUUUUGGGAAAGAGCAAGAGUUCAAGCCUCACAUUAAACACGUUGAGCCCGUUCUGACCGAAUGUGACCUUGACUGGAAAUCCCAACUACGCUGGAUACCUGAACCUCGAUAUGGUGAUGCCCCAUUUCCACACAUCAAAGACAUAAAGUUUCCCAGUGAAAGGAAACUGAUGAGGUCAUUCCCCCAAGCUAAUAUGAUGUCCGGAUCUGAGUGGAGCUUUUAUCCAAACUUUGGACAGACCAGGGUCUAUCACACUGGAAAGAGAUGCUUUAUAGACAGUAUGAAUCAUACAAGAAGAUGUAUUUCAGAAAAUUCCCUGGAAUCAUCUAUAGGGAGAAAAAAGCAGGUCACAGAUACAUUCCACACAGCAACAAGAGCCAGACCAUUUCUAGUUCCUGAAUAUAGCCCUGGAUUUCACAAAUAUGGAUCAACACUACGCACACCUACUUUUGGGUUUUUUGAUGCAUAUAAAUCACUUAUUCACCCACAGCCCCCAUUAAAAGAUUUCAGAGCGUCUUACAGUGAGAAAAUUAAAGCUCAAGAAAAAGAAAAUGACAUUCUUGAAGUCAAGAGGCUGAGCAGCUGGAACCCUGGAAGGUUUUGAUAUCAUUAUUGUAUUAAUUACUUUUUGUCACACACGUUGCUGUUUUAUUUAAAGGGACACUCUCCUUUUUUAGAAAAUAUGCUCAUUUUCCAGCUCCCCUAGAGAAAAUAGUCUGUUGCUAUUGAAAGUUUCCAAGAGGACUAUUUUCAGGCAGUGCGUAAUAUCAUUACGCAUCCUGCAGCCAUGUUACGGCAGCAAAGUCCUUGAUUAUUACGCCAGAAUGAGAGUAUAGUUCAGAAGUCCGGAUGACAACAUGCAAAAAUAAACAGGACUUUUUACCUUUGUGGGUAUCACAAGUCGAAUCCAGUCUGUUUCAGAUGUGUGAAUCAUCCAAUGACCAUUUUUGUCCACAAAUGCGUAUAAUCCGUGAAAUAUAGAUAUUUAGUCUAUUGUUUACAUCAGAUUUGUCUGGUUAUAGAAUAUAAUAUACAAUCUGAGGACUAUUUACAUCGUAACAUGUAAAGGUAUAUGAGAUUACACUCCGGUAAUUUACGUUCCGUUAAACACAUGAACCUUCAUGGAAAAUAUUGAUAGACAAAACAUGUAGCCAAUUAUAUAACGAAUUCAACGAUUUCUGUGUAACUUAUAUGUGUUUGACUUCAUGCUGCGCUGCAAGAACUGACAGACGUAGAAGUACAGGGAGAUCGAGUCAAAAUUGAACUACUCCGUAAGAUUUCUUGAAGAGCUGUCGCGGUACUUUGAUGUCAUUCGACUGCGGCGGCACAUAAAGUCAGUGACGCGACUGACGUACGACGCGGCUGACUGUUAUCUGUUCCGCCCCAGCUUCUUUUAUUUUUCUUUUGUUUUGUGCGCCCGAGCUUCGUUUACAGUCUGGGGAGACACACGCUAUAAGUAAAAAAAAAAAAAAACUUUAAACUUAGCAAACAUGUCUGAGGAAAAGGUCAGCCACGUCACUACAGUCACGUGACUUCACGCUCGAGCCGGAAGAGAAGACAAUGCUGAAUAAAGUCGUAAUUCUUGCUAUUUUUGGACCAAAAUGUCUUUUCGAUGCCCACUGAUAUCACAUGGACUACUUUGAUGAUUUUUUUAUUACCUUUCUGGACAUGGAAACCGUACAUAGAUUUUCAAUGGAGGGGACAGAAAGCUCUCGGACAAAAUCUAACGUUAAAACAUCUUAAACUGUGUUCCAAAGAUGAACAGAGAUCUUCUGAGUUUAGAACGACAUAAGGGUAAGUCAUUAAUUACAUUAUUUUCAUUUGUGGGCAAACUAUCCCUAUUUAGUAGUCACGCUGUUCCCUUUGGGGAUGGGGGCGAAAACACCACCCGCUGCACGCUAGAAUCUCCGGAAAAACAAGCCGAUUUCAACCGCAAAAUGUACGCUUUUAAAUAUACAAAAACUGCUAUCUCAAACAUGGAGAGGCUUCUUCGUGAUCUCAACUAACAGAUUCUGCAAUAAAACGAAAAUCACACAUUUUGAAAAAAAAAAACGUUGUUUCUCAUUAUCUCGAAACUUGUGCUGCCGAUUUGUGUCACUGGUUUCCGUGACGGGUCACAAAUAUCAAAACUCUUUGGUUAUUUUUUAGCGCGAUGCUAAUGAUCCAACCAGAUUCAACGGAUUGUGCUAAGCUAUGCUAAAAGUGCUAUCGCCAGACCCGGAGAUUGGCUGAAUGGAUUUCAAAACGGUAAAAAUCUAAUGUUUAACUUUAGAGAAAAAUGAGCUGGAAAAUGAGCAUAUUUUCAAAAAAGGUGGAGUGUCCCUUUAAGAAAGGUUGUGGAUCCAGUAAGUAGAGUAGAAUAGGAAGUAGGAUCCAGCAUAACAAUACUGUUCUUUAGAAUAUUGUAUUAUUUUACAGCAAAGUUAUGGCUUUGAAAUGUUUUAAAGUAGGGCAACAUUUUCUCUUACGCCGUAUUCCUUUUAGAGUCCAUGACCUGACCUUUCUUUGCCUCAUUAUUUGGUGAGGGGACAUUCAUUAGAUGUUCUCUAUACAGACUCACAGUUCAAAAAAAGUCUUUGAAUCAGCCAAAAUACCAAUAACAGGUGUAGAAAAAUGGGGAGCAGUUAGGUAAAUUUAGUCAUGUUUUAUGUAAGAGGAAAAGCUGUUUCUUUUAUGCAUCUUAUCAGAAUCUAAUUUCACUGUAUUUUUGAAAAAUAUAUAACCAUAAAUUAAAUAUAUGCUUGCAUUUAUAGUCUUAAACUGAUCAUAUGUGUAAUUAUGUAGUCCAAUACAAGAAAGAACUUUAAUGAAAAUUAAAGUAAACUUGCUUUAAUGCAAUGUAAAGAAAUGCGUAUCUUGCAGCUUCUGUAACAUUUUGUUUAGAGGACCAUCUGGUGUGUUAUCCAGUCCUCAAAGGAUAGGUUUUCCUGAAUAUUCAUUGUUCAUACAGUUCAUCCAAAAGGCAGAUGAAUAAUGCCCAAAACCUUAUCAACACUUUGAUUGUCAGUUUAAUUUUCAUGCAUUGAACGUAUAUAUAAUUUGUAUAUCUUUCUGUAAGCAUGAUUGGCAUUCCUUUACUUGUACUGCAGGAUUAUAAUGUUUUACCCUGAUAAGAUUACAAAUUACCAGCCUACAGUGUCAAACAGACUUAUAGACCUUUUUUGUUAAAGUAAAGGUCAUGGCCUCAUUUUAAAAUAAG